AACCUGACAGCAGGAAUGCGUCCUGCAGGCCUUCACACGUCUUCAGCUAACAGAUAAGAGAUCCUCCGCCAGGCUGAGAGAAGCAGCCAGAUCUGCUGAGAGGAAAUGAGAGGAUACCGAGGCGUAAAGUACACUCUGUUCAUCUGCUGCUACGUCUUCUGGGUUGUGAGCGCCGUCCUCACAGCGGUCGGGAUCUACGCCAAGAUCGCCAAGGAGAACGAUGUGGUUGACACCCUGACAUUAGAUCCAGCUCUGCUGUUGAUCGUGGUCGGCUCCAUGAUGUUUCUCAUCACGAUCCUGGGGUGUUUCGGGGCGCUGCGUAACGCCCCCUGCCUGCUGAAGACGUUUUUGGGGAUCCUGCUAACGGUCCUCGUCCUGCAGAUCGCUGCUGGAGUCGUGGGGUACCUCUUCACCGACAUGGUGAUGGAGAGGACGGAGAAGCUGAUGAUGAAAGCCAUCGUCCGCUACAGGGAGGACCAGGACCUGGAGAACGCUAUCGACUUCAUCCAGAAGAAGUUUCAGUGCUGUGGAGUUGAGAACUUUAAGGACUGGUCCAAUAACGUCUACUUUGAAUGCUCAGACACAAACCCCAGUCUGGAGGCCUGUGGAGUUCCCUUCUCCUGCUGCGUUCGCCAACAGAACCAGACGGUGCUGAACACCAUGUGUGGUUAUGGGAAGCAGAGGCAGAAGCUGGAGGCGCGUUACGGCGUUCAGGGCAUCUUCCCGUCGGGCUGCCUGGAGAAGAUCGUCUGGUGGGCCAAAAACAACCUUCUGCUGGUGGCCGGGCUGACCGGCGGUCUGCUGCUGCUAGAGGUCCUCAUGAUCAGCCUGGCCGCCGCUCAGAUCUCCUGGAUUAAGAAAGUCCAACGACAACAAAACGCUCCCAAGAGCCGAAAGACGGAGAGAAAGGACAGCUACUGGUACCCUGCUUUCAAAGACUUCAACGACGACGAAAACAACUUGUGAGAGAGAUGGAGACGAUGGGGGUACGUGUCCCCCUAGGGUUACUUUGGAGGACUGCAGGGAGUACGUGUCCCCCUAGGGUUACUUUGGAGGA